UUGUUUUAGACAUUAUGUUACUUAGUUUUUUAUUUAAUUUUCAAAACUAUUUUAUAAUAACAGUUACAAUCUUUUAUGUUCACAUUUUAAUUUUAAUUAUCCAUUUGUAUUGCUAAAUUGGUGUUAUUAUUUUAAAAAAUAAAUCAUUCUAUAGUAUAGAACUAGUAAAGUUAGUGAUUUUUAUAUUUAGUUUUUAGUAUAUUUAUCAAUAGAUUAUAUAGUAUAAUGGAAUAGAAUGUGUGGUUGGAAAAGUUAGAUAAAAAUCUAGUGAAAAUCUAAUUAUGGGCUGAAAAAAGAAACUCUGAAUAUGCUAUCUGUAAACUAUGCAAAAGUGAUUUAAAAUUCAGUUCAGUUGGUUUCCAAGCACUAUAUCAGCAUUCUUCAAAACCUAAACAUAAGUCAGUGUCUGAUCUAAGAUUUUCAAAAACUGCUCGUCAUUUGUAUGUAGAUUCUAACAAAAACUCGAUUGGGGGAGAAAACGUUAUACAAUUAGAGUUCUAUAAAUGAAAAAAUUUCUGCUGCAGAAGCCAUGUGGCUUUUUAAAGUGGCAGAUAAUGAUCUUGCCGUAAGACAUUGUGACAACACACCAAUAUUGUUCCAAAGAAUGUUUCCAGAUAGUAAAAUAAGUCAAUGUUUUACUAUGAGUCGGCAAAAUCCUCAUAUAUUUUGCAAGAUGGCCUUGGGCCAUUGUUGGAAAAGCGUUUAUGUAAUAGUAUCGCGUUAAGUCAAGGUGCAUUCACUUUAAUGUUUGAUGAAACAACUACUUCACAACAAAAAAAACAAAUGGAUCUUUUAUGUCGUUUUUGAUCAGAAGACGAAAACCAAGUUGUUACAAAAUAUUUAACAUCGCUGUUCUUUGGCAGAGCAACAGCAGAAGAUGUCAAAACAAUGCUAGCAGAUUUACGUCAUAAUGAAAGGUUUUAUUUACCAUGGGAUCGUCUUUUUAAUAUUUCAGCAGAUGGUCCUAAUAUUAACAAAGCCAUUUGGAGAUUGUUAAAUGCUGAUCUUCAUAGUAAUGGUUUUAAUGGCUUGUUACCAUUUGUAAGUUGCACUUUGCACACAGUGCAUAAUGCUUUUCGAAAAGCAAUUAAUGUUGUCGGUGAGGAUGCUGAGCAGCUUGCAUUUGAUUUACAUAACUGGUUCAAGAAUGCACCCUGUAAAAUAAAAGAUUUUAAAAAAUUAUCAGAUUGCAUUUUUAUUGAAGAUGAAACAUUGUUUCUUCGUUUUGUCAAUACUAGAUGGCUCACUCUUUUUUCUUCACUUAUAAAGGUUCUAUUAAGGUGGGAAGACACCAAGAAAUAUUUUUUGGAAUAUAUUCCAAAACAAAAGGAGUAUUAAAAGACACUGACAAACAAUAAGCGUUAUAUUCGAAUUCAAAGAAGUCUUAGGGAAACUGAAAAUCUAUUUAAAGUUAUUCUUAUUAUUUUUUUUUUUUGAAUUAUUACAUAUAAUAGAGAAUUGAUUAUUUUAGGAGUUACUUGUGUCCAUCAAAUUCCUUAUUGGUUUAGCUCCCUUGUUUGAGAAAUACUUGACAAUAUUUCAAGAUGAAGGACCACUUGUUCAUAUUUUAUUUUAUAAAAUGAAAAAUCUUUUAAUAUCUUUAAUGAAACGUUUCCUUCAACCGACUGCUGUUAAUGGAAAGCUUACUAAAGAUCUUUUAAAAGUUGAUUCUUCUGAUUCAACUAUCCACCUUGAUUUGAAUAAAAUGGACUUUGGCGAGGAAGCUAAAAACCAGGUAAUUUUUGAUAGGUACACAUUUGCUACAUUUACCAGUUGCACAUUUACUACCUGGUUAAUGUGUACUUGGUAAUUAUGUAUAAGUGUACUAGGCAAUAUAAACUAUUUUGUUUAUUGUAUUAUUCAUUAGAUAUUUUAUUAUUAAAAAUUAAGUUUUUUUAUUCAUUUUCAUUGAUGCAGAUUUUCAAUAUAAAUAUGUUUUAGGUGAACAAAAUAUCAUGUGAAAAAAAAAGAUU